AUUCUCGCCUGUCCGACCUGUGAGUGGGACGUGGCAGCUGGGCGCUCACCGCGCCAGCAGGCAACUCUCGUUCGUCUCCACUCUCCGGCGAGCGCCACACCCGCGAAUCCUCCACCAGAUCCUCCUCUCCUCCUCCUGCUGCUGUUCGUCCCCGAUCCAUCUGCAAUCGGAUGGGUAAGCAUCUCCGCCCCUCGGAAUCGAGCAGCCGCCAGCGGCCAGCCUCUUCCUGCCCCCGUAACCAACCGCCUCAUUCCUAGUUCCUACCGACUAACGCGCUCCGCUCCUCCUCCUCCUCCUCCUCCUCCGCCAAGUCUUGCUCCGGUGCGCCGUUGAUCUCUGCGGCAGCGCUCAGCGCUGCAGGUGGUUUAGAUCGGCGCGGGGCGCGACGCCGGGGCCGAGUCGAAGCACGGGAUCCAUGGAGAGAGCCAGGCUCACGCCGUUCCCGCCGAGGGAACAGGCCACGACCAGGAUAUGCAAGGUGUCGAGCUUUGCUACAGAAUUGCUCGAGAUAAGGUCCAAGGAGCCGUCCCUCCACGUGCUGCUUAUAGCUGGGAAUCCAGGCAUAGCUGCGUUUUAUAAGGACUGUGUCGAGGCGCUCUAUGAAAACCUCGGUGGCCAAGCAUCUGUUACAGCAAUAGGGCACAUUUCACAUAGCCAGAAGGUAACUUAUACAACUUACCUGAUGUUUGUUUCACAUGCAACUAUGGAUGCCAAGAACCCUGCAGCAAACCUUGAUUAUGAGCAUGGACGAUUGUUUUCAUUGUAUGAACAAAUUGACCACAAGGUAGAUUUCAUUGAGCAAGAGCUUCAGCAUUCUGAACAACCAAUAGUUUUGGUUGGUCAUUCAAUUGGUGCAUACAUAGGCCUGGAAGUCUUCAAAAGAUUUCAGAAUAAGAUAAUUUUUUUUGUAGGACUAUAUCCAUUUUUAAAGAUGAACAAGAGUUCUGUAACACAAUCAGCAAUUGGAUAUAUUGCUAGAUCAUCGCUCCUAAGUAAAUUGGUUAGUUCAUCUGCAUCUUUGAUUGGGUCACUCCGACCUUCAAUUACAAGGGGCAUUGUGAGAAGGUUCCUUGGACCUUCAUGGUCUGUAACAGCUGUUGAUGCUGUAUGCUGCCAUCUCUUAAGGUAUAAUACAGUGCGCAAUGUUCUUUUAAUGGCGAUGACAGAGUUCCAAAAGCUUACUGAAGAACCAGACUGGACUUUCAUCAGAGCACAGGAGGAGAAAAUGGCUUUUUUGUUUGGUGUGGAUGAUCACUGGGGUCCACUUUCUCACUUAGAAGAGAUAUCAAAGCACGCACCCAGGGUCACCCUGUCGGUUGAAACAGAAGGUCACACACAUGGUUACUGCUGCACCGAGGCUGGAUCGGUUUGGGUUGCAGACUACAUCGCGUAUUUGAUUAAAAACCAAAUGCCCGUUAGAAACAACUGAUGUUCAUUUGGCAAAUGUAUCAUACGACUCUUUUCUCUGAAAGAAGUGAAUAGCUGGAGUGUUGAGGUUCCGGUUAUGAUAUAUAAUCCACAUUUGCAAGUGGAUUUUGUUUAGGGUGCUCUCUAAUUAUUUAGACCAUCCAUAUUCUGGUGACCGAAUGCUUGAUGCAAUGUUUCUCAAGUCAUGUUUAGUAAUCUGCGACGUCAUCCGAAACAUAAAAAAGAAGUUCUCACCAAUUGUCCCUAAAAAAAGUAGGGUAAUAAAGCCGGUCUUUGUGGAUUUCA